AUGGCCAGCGUUUACAAACCCGUAUGUCGGCAUCAAACCUCCGCCGGCUCGCAACCCGAGGCGAGGUAUUAUCCCUGGUCCUUUGGACCAACGCUGGGUGAAGUUCUUGCCGCGCAGGAGGCGAACGACAAGCUAGGAGAGGAAGGGGAUAGUUCCCUGCGACCUUACACAACUAUGGAGAUCAACCCCGGCGGCGGGGUCAGCAAGCCCCGCAAGCCCCGCGAGCCUCGCAAGGAUGACCUACCCUAA